UGGCACCAUACAAAAACCGUGGAAUUCCCACGUCAAAAAAUAUUCCAUUGCGAGUGCGCUAAAGAAAAUGUUGUGCGAGAUAGUGUGAUGAAAUAGUUGUGUAAUUUAAGUGUGAUUCUUAGUGAAAAGUAAUGAUUUUUAUAAUCAAUCACUAGCUCAAUCUUUCCCCUGUGACCCUAAUGUUCUCCAACAGUGCAAAAGUGUACUUUCUCGCCAUGAAUACCUCCAAGGCCAUAGUAUUUGUGAUUUUCCUCUUGGGAACAGCAAUUGCCAGCGAAAAUGCCUCCUCGUCGACUGUAGCGCCCUCAUCAUCAUCAUCAUCAUCAUCAACAGUGCGCAUUAACACUACAACAUCGGGUGAGAUCGUUGAUCCGCCAGAGGAGGCAAACAUAACGAAUGCGGACACAGAUCAUAGUAGUAGUAGUGCUCCUAAUCCUGUGAGUCCAUCUACUAACACCAGCACAGAUGAGUCCCAUGAUCUCCCGGACACCGGAGCCGUCGAAAGGGAGCACAACAGUUCGUUGAAUAUCUUCUUUGUGCUGUGUGUGAUUGCUCUGGGGAUCCUACUAAUCCACAUGAUGCUCCAUACUGGUUUCCAGUAUCUCCCUGAAAGUAUUGUUGUAGUAUUCCUUGGAGCUCUCAUCGGACUACUAAUCAAUGCUCUGUCUGAAGGAAAUAUAGCCAACUGGAAGCGUGAGGAAGUAUUUUCUCCCACAGCCUUCUUCCUAGUCCUCCUACCGCCCAUCAUCUUCGAAUCUGGCUAUAACCUGCACAAAGGCAACUUUUUCCAGAAUAUUGGAUCUAUCCUAGUUUUUGCCAUUAUAGGGACAACAAUUUCUGCACUCGUUAUCGGGACAGGAGUCUAUAUCCUAGGUCUAGCAGACGUGGCCUACCACUUCAAUUUUGUGGAGUCCUUUGCUUUUGGGUCUUUGAUUUCGGCUGUCGAUCCCGUUGCAACUGUAGCGAUCUUCCAUGCGUUGGAUGUCGAUCCCGUCCUUAACAUGUUGGUAUUUGGAGAGAGUAUCCUAAAUGACGCCAUAUCUAUUGUCUUAACGACAACCGUAAUGGAGUCAGCCAAGUCUACUGCUGCCGAAGGUGCAGUGAGCACUGGUGAAGGAAUCCUGUCGGCCUUCUAUACAUUCUGCAUGAUGUUCUUCGCGUCAGCAGGAAUAGGGGUAGUUUUUGCCCUGAUAAGUGCCCUGUUGCUCAAACACAUCGACUUGAGGAAGCAUCCAUCGCUGGAAUUUGGCAUGAUGCUCGUCUUCACCUACGCACCUUACGUCCUAGCCGAAGGCAUUCAUCUUUCAGGCAUCAUGGCUAUCCUCUUUACAGGUGUAGUCAUGUCUCACUACACCCACUUCAAUCUCUCCACUGUUACACAGAUUACCAUGCAACAGACAAUGAGGACGCUGUCCUUUAUCGCUGAAACUUGUGUCUUUGCAUAUUUGGGAUUAGCCAUAUUCUCCUUCCAACACCGCUUCGAAGUUUCCCUGGUCAUAUGGUCACUCUUUCUGUGUCUCAUUGGCCGGGCCUGCAAUAUCUUCCCACUAGCAUGGUUAGUGAAUAAGUUCCGGGAGCACAAGAUCACUAGCUCUAUGCAGUUUAUUAUGUGGUUUUCUGGUCUUCGCGGAGCAAUCUCCUACGCUCUUUCCCUCCACUUGGAUCUCUCCAGUGAUGAUUCCCGUCACGUAAUUAUAACUACAACUCUCAUUAUCGUCCUGUUUACAACGUUGGUCUUUGGUGGAUCAACAAUGCCUCUGCUCAAAUACCUACGCGCUGGGAAGAAACCCAAAUCUACAAGAUCCCUCCGCAGAAACAGUCGCAGACGCCGCGACGUACCUAUCUCUCUGUCAAAGACACGAGAAUGGGGCCAGGCUAUUGACUCUGAGCACCUGUCCGAACUGACUGAGGAGGAAGAAGUGGCUUUCUCAAAGACACGUCUAGGAGGCUUCGCGAGAAUGGAUAGGAAAUACUUGACACCUUUCUUCACGCGCCGCUUCACCACCCAGGAACUCCAUGAUUGCAAGAGUCAGAUGGCAGAUCUCACCAAUAAGUGGUACCAAGCUAUACGGGUUUCACCAGAGCACACAGAUGAAGAGGAAGAUGCUAUCUCGCGACAGACUGAUCUCGGAUCUUCACAGUCCACCCUCCCAGUGGGAACGCCAACCACGUUUGCUAGAGACUAUAAUUCCACAAACAACUAAUACGACAAAAUUUGGGAUUGUGCUUAAGCUACAAAAAAAUUUGAUCUUCCUUAGUUUAAAGUUCAAAAUAAACAUCUGAAAGAUGAAAUGGACGGAUGCUUCAAUAGAAAUGAGUUUCUGAUGGAUUAUAACAUUCAUACACAAUGAAAAUAGAUAUAAACAGUACAAAUAGCGGGAAAAGUUCUUCAACAUAAUUAUUUGUGGGAAGAAAGUAGUAAUUGUUGUCAGAGCCUAGAUGGUACAAGACCUAAGAAGGAAAUAUGGCACUUUAGCUCAGGGUUAGUCUUAAAUAAUAGGAGAAUGUAAUUAAAUUUUUUACUUUUCAUUUUUAACAAAAGUAUUAGUUAUUUCUCUAGGAGUAACAAGUUCCGUUAUAGGCAGAAAGGCAGGGGAUGAAUUUUUAUGGCCAGAGAGUGAACCGUGAGUGGUAGAUCAGCAGAUCGCACCGAUCUAUCUCCAAGAUCGCGCUGAUCGCGCAAUCAGUCUCUAGGAUCGAGUUGAUCGGCACUCAAAGUGAACCGUGAGUGACAGAUCUGGCUAACCUUUGCAGAAAGGACUCUGCCUAGUAGCGUACCUAAGACCGUAUUCAGACUAGAGGUUUAGCCCAGUUCCCAAGUUCUCUAGGGGCGCCGAUGUUCCUUUUUUUUUUAGACAACUGAACCCUGACUCUUUAUAAUUGCCAUGUUGAAGUAAAAAAAGAUUUAAAUAAAAUGGACUCCGAGUCUUUCUGGAGUGCCCCUCUAGUUCUUACAAUGCCUUUUGUCCUUAUAAUCUAUUAAAAUUUUCGUUAACACUUUUAAUUUUCUCAGAGACUUUCUGGGGCGCCUCUCUAGUUCCUAAAAUGCAUUUUGUCCUUAUAGUUGUUCAAAAUUUCGACUUCUAGGGCGCUCCUCUUGCUCCUAAAAUGCAUUUUGUUCUUAUCUAUAAAAAUUUCGGGUUGAAGAAAAAGCUUAAUUCCCUCACAUUCUAGGGCGUCCAAUUGUUUUAAAGGCUUUCUUGGUGCCUAUAGAGCUGUAAAAGAGCAUUUCAAAAAUCGUUGCAUUUCAAUAAGUUUGUCGCCUGAAUUUCUCUCUAAUUCGUUUGACAUUUAGGUCCCAAAUGCCCGAAUUUGAGAGAGUCUACUGUAGUGUAUUCUAAAGAAAUCUUCCUAAAGUCCUCCUUUAGAAAUUGUUCUUUGACAUCAACAACGUAAGAGAAACCGUUAUUGUAAAACAAGAGGUUCUGUAAGAUAAUUUAACCUAUUUUUGAGCAUAUGUUUUAUGCUUUAGUACUUUUCAUACAUACUUACAGGGUUGGUCCCGCAUCAAAAAUUGUUAUCGAUGGUACAGGUAUUCGUGGCGAUAGAUUGGACCGUUUUACCCACUGUACUUUAUUUACCUGUUCAAAAAAAAUUUCCUAAUCUUUUGUUAAAGUUUAUUUUAAACUGCUAAAAUUAGCAUUUGCUUAAAAAAAAUCCAAUUAAUUAUACUAUCAAAUUAGGAAAAUCCAGAAAAUUUCUAGAACUCAUGUAUUACGCCAAUAUUUCCAAGAAUUCUAACGAGGGUCACUGACAACAAUAAGUAGUUCAAAUAAAAAGUUAAAUGCGCCAUUUACAGUUAAAUUUCAAUUGAGUUCCUUUGAAUAAAUUAGUCAAGAAGGUGCAGAAAACAAUGAGUGGGAAAAUGACAAAAAAGAAAUAUCUUUAAACUUGUGCAAUCUUUAGAAAAACCGAAAUCCUCAAUAUUUGUUGGUAUUUUUUUUUGACUAUUUAGGAAGAUUUUUUAAAUGGCUUUAAAACGACGAGAAAGAAGUGGGACGAUUUUGUGAUACGAAAAGAAGAAUUUGUUAGAAGAGAGAGCUUUUUAUUUAAUGCUUUUGAAGUUUAAUUUAAAGUAUAAAUUAUUUAUCUAUUCCAUAUAUUACCAUUUUACUUAAAAUAGUCCAGAGUGAAAGAAAAAAACCACCACAAUUUAAUUGUACUGUAAGUCAUUAAUAUAUUCAAUAAAGAAUAUUCUUUGAAGUGGA